UUCCUGUAAAGGAUGAGGAUGAGUGAGGAAGCCGGCAUCCGAAACGUCAAACGAGUCCGCCGUCUUGUCGUGUCAAUUCCUUCCCCCGUCUCUUCUUCCACCGGUCACCACCCCCCUCCUUUCUGUUCGAUCGUUUAUUACUCGGAUCUCGGUCGGAAUUUCGUCCGUAUCGCCUCCUCUAGAAGGCGAUUCUGAUCUUUCUUUAGGGUAGUCCAGUCCGUCUCCCUGGGUCCAAGAUUGGUGAGAAGGAGAGAUCUCAAGGCGUCGAGAUGGAGCAACAUGCCCAUAUUUCUAAACUUGGCAAUGUGGAAAGUGAUGGCAAUGUUCAUUACAUACAGCAUAUUGAAGCUAUUCACAAGCAGGGAAGUGAAGGGAAGGUAGUGACACCAAACAAUCCUCAUAAAUUCCCUGAAGCAUCAAAUGCAAACUUGGAGGCCCCAAAUCCCAACGAUGAACCCCGCCGGCACACAGAGACACUUGUUCAUCAUGGUUCUGUGACACAUAAACCCACCACAAAAUCCCCUAUUCAUAGACAUGGGUAUCAGCCAAAUUAUGGUGAUAAGAGGCCUGGCAGAAUAAGCAGUGAAUCUGAGAAUAGCGUGGAGCGCUCUCCACUUCAUCCCCGUUAUCAAGUGAAAGCUGCAACUAGAGGUGGUGUUUCUUCUCCUUCCAGGGGUUCAUCAGAAGGUAGCCAUGCGGUUGCUUCAAAUAUUGCAGGUAGAUCGAGAAUGAGGACUGGUGGACGAGGCGAUGAAACACCUGAGAAAGGAUCAUCUGUGCCAAGAUUUGGUGAGUGGGAUGAAAGCGAUCCUUCGUCAGCUGAUAAUUUUACUGGCAUAUUUAACAAAGUGAGGGAGGAAAAAAAGAGUGGAUCAGCUGCCAUGGUGAUCAAUGAUACAGUCUAUGUCAAUGACCAAGAUCGUAGGAGUGGGUCCUUGAAUUGUUGCUUUGGAUGGUGCAAAAAAUAACCAGUUUUAAGAUAUGCCUGCAAACUGUAACUAUUCUCAAGGAAGGCAACCAUGAUCUUCUGAUCUAUUUGGAAUCGAAUUUUCUUCUGUGGCAGUGUGCAUUAGUAACUUAAUGAAUUCAAGAACAUGUUCUUUGCAAUUUGUCGUGUCAUCGGUAUCUCAUUGUGACACUGUAUAAGAGCAUAUUUCAUAUUUUUUUAAGUGUGAUUUUAAUAUAUUAUGUCGUCAAAUGCCUCCCGACAAACUUAUUCUU